UUUAGAAAUGGUGUGGUUUCGAAUUCUGCUCCUGUUUCUCCCAAUAUUGGCAAAGGGGAUAGGCUCUAAGGUUCCAACAACAAACAGCACAGAAUGAAUAAAUUGACAAAGACAACGCACCGGUAAGCGGUAGCUUUUUAAAUUCUGCACCUUGGCUGGUACAUUGCUGACAACCCCUCGAUCGAUGAACAGCUCGGCGCGGCAUUGCCAUUGCAUUACAAGCAUUGGUGGACUAACUAAAGUAAAGUAAAGUAAGUAAAGUAUACAGCAAUGGCAAUGUCACCUCACCGAAUCUGCCUCUCGAGCGAUCAUGGGUUGACUUGGGAGCACCCGUGGGCCUCGGAAGUUGCCACCAUUCAUUUAUAUUAUAUUACUUGUAUCUAUCCAACUUUUUUACAAUGACACUUUUACACAGUUAUACUUUACACUAACACUUCAUCAGCAGUGCUGAAAUCUUAUAAGUUUUACGUUGCGAGAGAUAUUACUUUAGCCAUUUACAGUGCUAAUGCUAGUUGCGAUAACGUGACCCUCCUCCCGACGGCCGGGAGGAGGGUUACGUUAUCGCAACUAUGCUAAUGCAUGCACAGUCUCGCGGUAAACAGGAACCAAUCAAAGUUGGGGGUCGAAACAUAUGAGAUUUGGUAACAUUCGACCCUACGAUCCAGUGUUCUAGUUUAUAGUUAGGGAAAAUCUGUCCCUUGGAGAUUCUGUGAUUGUAAAACAAGGUGAUCCAAAAGAGGGCACUUUCAGAAGAAGUUUUGUACACGUUAUUGAUGGAGGAAAGAAUCUCCGGGGAUCAUGGAGCUAUCCAAACUUUUCCAGCGCCUUAAUGCAGAAUCUUUCCGCUACUGUUUUGCACUUUAUAAAUUGUUCUUUAUUUAAUGUUAUUAUUAACUAGCGUGAUGCCACGUUUCAUGCGGCACCCCCUAGAUACAAUGUUUGUGGUUUUACCAUGCAGGGUUUUCUGUGUACUGUCUGCUGAACAACCUCCUGGAAUGUCCCCAGUAUGGACUCCCCUCAAGCCGCCACCAGAGCCUGAUGAUAUCCACCUGAUGUCCGAUGAUGCAUGGACUAUACUACAUGUUCUGCGUGAGGCUCAUAGAAAAAGAGAAGAAGCGAGACAGCAGAGACUAGUCCCUUUAGAUCCGAAGUCAUAUUACAAGACCCUCUACCAGGAAAGUUUCAAAGAUGAAAACCCCUCUCAGGAUGCUAUCAAAGCUGAGAGCUCAGAGAGAAGUGUUCCGUGUAGAGCUGAGAUGGUUGAAGGCUCGACAGAGAUUUAGAGUGAGGAUAUAUCAUCUCAGAAUCCUUCUUUGUUUAGUGUUGGCAUAGAGCAAGCUUCUAUCCCUUCAUCGACACGAAGAGGUACCCAUCAGAUGGAUCAAAUUGCCCUGGAUUGUUUAACUCAUGAUUACCAAGUUCAAGGACUAGCAGUCUCACCAAUCAUCGGUUUUGAACCACAAUCUACCGCUUGCAAUAAUGAUCCACACAGAUAAUCGUCAUUCUAUGUUACCAGUGACCAGGAUACCAGCUGUCCUGGUUCUCUCCUUGUUCUCAUUGGUCCAUAUUCAUGCUCGGCAUACUACGAUACACCCAGGUGUUCAAGGCUUGUCGGAUACCAAGACGUCGUACAAAUACAUUGAUAAGUUAAGUCUAUCAAAUGACAAUAGACGAGAGAUUCAGGAGAUACUGCUGGACGCCGGCGCCCAGCAUGAAAAGCUGCUAGCAGAGUACCAGGCAGAGACAUACAGACCAUUGACCAUCGCUCUGAAGGACAAUGAGGCGGCCAUCUUGCUCCUUGUGGAAUGCUUGGAAGUCCACAGUCAAACGGGAAACCAUCGCGGACUGGGCAUAGCCUACGGGAACAUCGGUACGGUGUACCGAGCCAUGGGUCCAGACGGACAUUCAAAGGUUUACGACUAGCACGUCAUCCUCUAACAAUGACAAUGCGGCUAGCAUCAACCACAUCGUUGUCUUUCUACAGAGACCUCGGAGUCCAGACAGACAUGCAACAGAUAGACGACACUCAUGUCCUCUUCAACAUUUUCAAUGCGGCUACCAUCAACCACAUCGUUGUCUUCCUGACCGGGACUGGAGCAUUUCCAGAGGGAAUGGGCGGGGCCAUCUACUUCAGUUGGCCGUCACCGGAGGGCGAAAUGGUCUGGAUGUUUCUCGGUUUCAUCACCAACGAAAAGCAAAGUGCCAUUUUUAAAGUAGUCAGCUUGAAGAAAGUCUAUGCCUGUACAGCAGCCGAUGAAGACGAUGUCACAGAUUGGAAUCUCUGUGGAACCCCUUCACGUUAUCCAGCAUCAGAUACCAACAGAAACUACCCAGACGUCGACUUUUACCAGCUUCUCAGAGUUCUCCAUGAAGAUGUUGGAGAACUUCUACAACUACGCCUCGUCGUUCGGAAUAAACCAGUCGCAGAUGACACCCCAGCCAAGUAUCAGCUGGAUCCCCAUGACGGUCCUAGAUAAAUGGUUUCAGAACUUCAAGAACAAAAUGGUGCAGGAUCAGAACUUUUGGAGGAAGUGACUGUACUUGUGUCAUUUUUGUAU